UAAGCCAAUCAAAUUGACUCAUUCUUGUACACGCGCAACAAUUUUGUGACCUACGGCCUAAAUCGGUCCUGCGUAGUGAAAACAGAUUAACCAGUAAAGAUGACAACAUACACAGACAAGGGGAAAAAGCCUGAAGUUGGCAAAUUUCUUUGCUUUGAUCAUAUCACGUUUUGGGUUGGAAAUGCCAAGCAGGCUGCUUCAUAUUACUGCACACGGAUGGGAUUUGAGCCAUAUGCUUAUAAAGGAUUAGAAACUGGUUCCCGACAAGUUUGUGCUCAUGCUGUGAAACAAAACAAGAUCAUAUUUGUUUUUGAGUCAGCAUAUGAACCUGGUGCAAAGAUCACAGAAGAAAUGGGUGGACAUCUUAUGAAGCAUGGAGAUGGUGCUAAGGAUGUUGCCUUUGAAGUUGAAGACUGUGCAAACAUUUACAAGAAAGCAGUUGAGCGUGGUGCAGUUAGUGUCAAAGAGCCUUGGGACGAGACUGAUGAAAAUGGAACUGUCACCUUUGCUGUUGUGAAAACAUAUGGAGAAACAACACACACAUUCAUUGAGAGAAGGGGCUAUAAUGGACUAUUCCUGCCAGGUUUUAAAAAACCCAUUGAACAGGAUUGUCUUUUACAAACACUGCCCCCUGGCAAGCUAAAUUUUAUUGACCAUGUUGUUGGCAAUCAGCCAGAUGGAGUAAUGACUCCAGUUGCAGAUUGGUAUGAAAAGAUUUUGCAGUUUCAUAGGUUCUGGUCUGUUGAUGAUUCACAGAUUCAUACAGAGUAUAGUGCCCUGCGAUCAAUUGUUGUCACAAACUGGGAAGAGACAAUCAAAAUGCCAAUCAAUGAGCCAGCACAAGGCAAAAGGAAAAGUCAGAUUCAGGAAUAUGUUGAUUAUUAUGGUGAUAGUGGUGUCCAACAUAUUGCUCUUAACACUGAUGACAUCAUUACUGCGAUUCAGAAUCUGAAAGCUCGUGGUAUGAACUUUUUGACAAUACCUGAUACCUACUACGAAAACCUGAGGGAAAGACUUAAACACGCCAAGAUUACAGUAAAAGAAGACAUGGACACGCUUCAGAAGCUGAAAAUUCUCGUUGAUUAUGACGAGAAUGGCUAUUUGCUCCAAAUUUUCACCAAGCCCUGUCAAGAUCGUCCAACCCUUUUUCUUGAGGUUAUCCAACGACGAAACCAUCAAGGAUUUGGAGCUGGAAAUUUCAAGGCUUUAUUUGAAGCAAUCGAGCUUGAUCAAGACAGAAGGGGCAACCUCGUUAUUUGAUUGUCGUGAAUCUAUUUGGAUAACGAACUGUUAUCCUCUAUGCCGUGAAUUUAUUUAUAGCAGUGCAGAAACUUGUGCUUAGAAAAAUUGUUCUUUUUAUUUACUGGAAUGUGCUUGUUUUGAUAUCAAAUAAAGCAUAAUGAAUGCAUACGUUUGAAGAGUAUUUAUCAAUAUAAGUGGCUAAUCAUUUUAGCUUCAUUUUAGCUUCAUUUUUGCUUGCAUUUUCUGG